GCAGGUUUUCCGGUCUCUACCGGAAAACCCUCUCUCUCACACCAGUAGUUCCCAACAAUAGAGUUGCUCGUUUGGAGUUGGAAUUGCUCUUGUGGAGUUGUUUGUUUAGGGUUAGUCCUUCUAACAUAUCCUAGUCGGGAGUUGUCUGUUCCGUAUUUACUACGUUUCGAAGCUUCCGGCUAAGACUGAUGCUGCUUCCCUUCUGUCCCCAUCGGACUUGGGGACGGUUCUAGGUGGUGGCUCGUUUUUUUUUUUCUUUUUGCUGUGCUGCACGUGCAGCUUCUGUCGUCCCAUGGCUUCUGCCUCGACCCAACCUGCAGCCCUGAGCGCUGAACAGGCGAAGGUGGUCCUGGCGGAGGUGAUCCAGGCGUUCUCCGCCCCUGAGAACGCCGUGCGCAUGGACGAGGCUCGGGACAACGCAUGCAACGACAUGGGCAAGAUGCUGCAAUUCGUGCUGCCGGUGGCCACGCAGAUCCAGCAGGAAGUUAUCAAAGCAUAUGGCUUCAGCUGCGACGGGGAAGGGGUCCUUAAAUUUGCCCGCUUGGUCAAGUCCUACGAGGCCCAAGAUCCUGAGAUCGCCAGCCUAUCAGGCAAGCUGAAGGCAUUGUUCCUGCCACCUAUGACACUACCACCCCAUGGGCCUGCUUCUGGUGGCAGUGUGGCUGCCUCCUGAGAGUUGGCCUUCCCUGUGCUAUUGCCAGGAAAGGGAAGACCUUGGUGUUCCAGAAGAUAAUAAAUGUGCCUGUGGGUUGGCCUUGGUGUCCU